UCCAACGGUCGAGAUUAAUAGUGUUGAACCGGAAAAAACCAGUUAAGAUCCGCGCACAAACUUCUUGAUUGAACCGGCCAAUUUAUGGUUCCAGUUAAAACCCUCUAAACAAACAGACUGUCGAUUUUUGAGCAAAAGAGAAACCCUGAUUCUUCCUCACAUUGUCGCGAGCUCUGGUUCUGCUCUCAUCCCCUUCGCUAAAUUGAUUUGCGGGUAGUUUUACAAGUCUCAUUUUCUUGCUCCUGGAUUUCGUCAAUUUCCAGAUAGAUGGUUCUAUGAAUUUUGCUGAGAAUCGUUUAUUAGAUAGGCCAUCUUGGACAUGGGAAUCCAGAAUAUUUUAUGGCAAGUGGCAAAGAAAUCAUUCACUGGAAGUAUUAUAGGGCUUACCAUUUCAGAUAGAUGUUGUAGCGUUGUUCCGGUCAGAGGAGAUUCCAUGUCUCCCACAUUCAAUCCCCAGCGGAAUUCUUAUUUAGAUGAUUAUGUACUCGUGGACAAAUUUUGCCUUAAGGAUUAUAAGUUUGCGCGUGGUGAUGUUGUAGUGUUCAGCUCUCCGACAAAUUUCGGGGAUAGAUACAUAAAGAGGAUCGUCGGGAUGCCUGGCGAAUGGAUAAGUAGUUCUCGGGAUGUGAUCAGAGUCCCAGAAGGUCAUUGUUGGGUAGAAGGAGAUAACAAAACUUCCAGCUUAGACUCAAGAACCUUUGGCCCUAUUCCUUUGGGUUUAAUUCAAGGAAGGGUCACUCGUGUCUUGUGGCCUCCUCAAAGAAUAAGCAAGAUUGGUCAGUAAAGCUAAUGGAGAAGAAGAAGAAUGAAAAGGACUCCUCCUUGACAAUUUUUCUGGUGUCUCAAAUGGGUCUAGAUUCAAAUCCAAAAUUGUUCUCCAUGUUCCUCAAGAUUUUCUAUGGGAACUCUCAAUUUUUCAAACACAUACUCCGUUCUCAAAUCGGAAUCAAAGUAACAUAUUCUUGUACUACUAGUUCUGGUUAGCUUCGAUUUCUUUUGUUUCGGUUCCAUUUCAGUUGAUUAAAUGAAAUAUACUUGGUCGAUCCGGUUUGGUCGCUGGUUCGAACACGAGCCAUCCAAUCAUAAAAGACAUAUCCACGGGAAUAAAUAAAUGCUGUAAUAAAUUACUGUUGUACC